AUGGCGAUCCGUGCACACUGUGAAGCGUCUUGCGAGGUAGGGGUCUUCGGCAGGUUAACAAAUUCUUAUUGUUUAGUGUCAUGCGGAGGCAGCGAGAACUUUUAUUCUCUUCUUGAAGCAGAGCUCGGGCCUCAUAUACCCGUCGUGCAUGCAUCUAUUGCCGGCACUGCUGUCGUAGGCAGUGUCUCUGUUGGGAACAAGCACGGUUUGUUGGUGCCGUCUACGACUACUGAUUUGGAGCUGCAGCAUCUGCGCAACAGUCUGCCGGACAGCGUGAAAAUAAGAAGAGUAGAAGAGCGUCUAUCUGCUCUAGGAAAUUGUGUUGCUACGAACGACUAUACGGCUUUGCUGCAUCCGGAUAUAGACAGAGAGACAGCAGAACUUAUUCAAGAUGUGCUGCAGGUGGAGGUGUUCCGCUCAAUCAUAGGCGGCCAGCUGCUUGUAGGGAGUUACUGCGUGUUAACAAAUCAGGGGGGACUUGUGCACUCAGGAACAACCAAAGAAGAGAUGGAGGACUUGUCUCAGUUGCUGCAGGUCCCCUUCACUGCAGGGACAGUUAACAGGGGCUCAGACCUUGUGGGCGCUGGUUUGAUGGUGAACGACUGGGUAGGGUUUUGCGGUAUGGAGACAACUGCAACAGAGCUGGCGGUAGUUGAGAGAAUAUUUAAAUUGACAAACGCAGAGCAGCAGCAGCUGUCUCUCAGCGAUGACCUCAAACUCAGGACCUCCCUGGUAGACUUCCUCAGCUAA